GCAGGAGCGGCGGUGGCGGCAGAAAACUUUAGGAAUCGCCCCUUUCUUUCUCUCCUCCCUCCCCUUCUGCAAAUCGGUUUCCUGAUGGGCAGCGGCGGCAGCAGCCAUCUAUCCUCCGCCUCAGCAGCGUUUUUGCUACAGGGCAUGGCUGAGAUGCAAGAGCUGGAGGCGCACAGCAGCAAUACCGGGCUGCAAAAUCAGCUCCGGAGGGGUGCCCUCUCCCUGUCUCCAGGCAGGACUGCAGCUUAGGUGUUGCUGCUGCUGCUGAUCCAUCUGCACUUGCUCUGUCCCUCUCUCCCUCUCUCUCUCCCCCUCUCCCUCACGCGUGGAAGGAAAAAAAAAGCAAAGCCAGAGGAAAAAAAUCCCCUGCUGUGUGAGCUGCUGCUGCUGUUGCUGCCGCCUUCUUGUCUGCUGAGUCAUGGAUUGAGGGUCCCUCUCUCCUCGCGGAAAUCACUGACACGUCUCAGAACUGGGUCUGCUGCAGCCAUUGAGGAGCCCUGAUUCCGGGGCCACAAGGACCAAGCCAGGCUGAUGCUCCUCCUCCUCCUGCUCCAGCCGUCUACAUAGGCAAGCUUGCCCUUUGCAGCGUUUUCUCGCCAAGGCUCCUGUCCUUCCUCCAGGCUCAUUCGUCCUCAGCAGCUUUUCCUUAACAACACUCCCCCCACCUCAAAUUCUCCCUGGAAAAGAAAGCAACCCCUCAACAUACUCUUGAACCAUGAUCGCCGCCGCUUUUUUAGUUCUGCUGAGACCUUACAGCAUCCAAUGUGCCCUCUUCUUGCUCCUUCUGCUGCUGGGCACCGUCGCCACGAUUUUAUUCUUCUGCUGCUGGCACCGCAAGCUCCAGAAAGGGAGGCAUCCGAUCAAAUCGGUCUUUUCCGGGCGCUCAAGGAGCCGAGAUGCUGCAAUGAGAAGCCACCACUUUCGCUCCGAGGUAAUUUACUUAGCACGCAAUCUAAAGGGUUUUAGACCAAGUCCCCGCCACAUUAGAAGACGUGUCGUGCCUCGCCUUGAAGAAACGCAGCCCCUGGUAGAAGUGCAUCAGCUGAGUGAGCAGGAAACAUCGGUUAAGAAAAGGAAGAUCAAGAAAAGCAGCAGAGUCCAGCCAGAAUUCUACCAUUCUGUUCAGGUCACACCAACUCGAAAGCCAAGCUCAGGAAACGCUUCCUACAGAUGCUCCAUGUCAUCCUCUGCGGAUUUUUCAGACGAUGAUGAUUUCAGCCAGAAAUCUGGUUCCCUGUCCCCGGCUCCGGGUGACACCCUGCCUUGGAACCUACCUAAACAUGAGAGAUCCAAGAGGAAAAUUCAAGGAGGCUCUGUGUUGGAUCCAGCUGAGAGAGCUGUGCUCAGAAUCGCUGAUGAGCGGGACAAAGUACAAAAGAAAACAUUCACAAAAUGGAUAAACCAGCACCUUAUGAAGGUCCGCAAGCAUGUGAAUGACCUCUAUGAAGACCUGAGAGAUGGACAUAACUUGAUUUCUCUUUUAGAAGUUCUUUCAGGAGACACCCUGCCAAGGGAGCGAGAUUUUUUGAAGACCUUACGGUUGGUGAGUUCAACAGAAGCAUGCACGUAUGAACAGCAUGAGGAUGAGGAGGAUGAGGAUAAGGGGCCCAGAGAGAAAGGUCGGAUGCGUUUUCACAGACUGCAGAAUGUACAAAUUGCACUUGAUUAUUUGAAAAGACGGCAGGUGAAACUGGUGAACAUUAGGAACGAUGACAUUACGGAUGGGAAUCCCAAAUUGACUUUGGGAUUGAUAUGGACCAUAAUUUUGCACUUUCAGAUUUCUGACAUCCAUGUUACUGGAGAGUCAGAGGACAUGUCUGCUAAAGAGAGAUUGCUCCUGUGGACACAGCAGACAACUGAGGGUUAUGCUGGUAUUCGUUGUGAAAAUUUCACUACCUGCUGGCGAGAUGGGAAAUUAUUUAAUGCCAUCAUUCAUAAAUACAGGCCGGACCUGAUAGACAUGAAUACCGUUGCUGUUCAAAGCAACCUUGCAAAUUUAGAGCAUGCUUUUUUUGUAGCAGAAAAACUUGGUGUUGCCAGACUUCUGGACCCCGAAGAUGUUGAUGUCUCCUCGCCUGAUGAGAAGUCAGUAAUCACUUAUGUGUCAUCACUUUAUGAUGCAUUUCCCAAAGUACCAGAAGGUGGUGAAGGCAUCAGUGCACAUGAUGUUGAAGUCAAGUGGGUUGAAUACCAGAAUAUGGUGAACUACCUCAUCCAGUGGAUCAGGCACCAUGCCACGAUGAUGACUGACAGAGCGUUUCCAAACAAUCCUGUGGAACUCAAGGCACUUUAUAACCAAUAUUUACAAUUUAAAGAAACAGAAAUUCCACCAAAGGAGAUAGAGAAAUCAAAAAUCAAACACCUAUAUAAAUUACUGGAGGUUUGGAUAGAAUUUGGGCGUAUCAAGCUUCCUCAAGGUUACCACCCCAAUGACAUAGAGAAAGAGUGGGGGAAGCUAAUUAUUGCUAUGUUGGAAAGAGAAAAAACACUUCGACCAGAAGUUGAAAGGUUAGAAAUGCUGCAGCAGAUUGCAAACAGAAUUCAGCGAGACAGCCUGGGCUGCGAAGACAAACUAAUGCUUGCUCGAAAUGCUGUGCAAUCAGAUGCAAAGCGAUUAGAAUCAGGUCUGCAGUUCCAGAAUGAAGCUGAGAUCGCAGGUUAUCUACUUGAAUGUGAGAAUCUGCUGCGUCAACAAGUCUUGGAUGCCCAGAUUCUUAUUGAUGGAAAAUAUUAUCAGGCAGAUCAGCUGGUCCAGAGGGUUGCAAAACUGCGAGAUGACCUUAUGGCCUUAAGAGCAGAGUGCUCCUCAAUAUACAGCAAGGGGAGGACACUGACUACAGAACAGACCAAGAUGAUGAUAUCAGGAAUAACACAAAGCUUAAACUCAGGAUUUGCACCAAACUUCAGCCCCAGCUUAAACUCUGGACUGAGCCAGGGCUUAUCACCCUCCUUGACAUCAUCGAGUAUAACAUCAGGUUUAUCAUCGGGUCUUUCUUCAAGAAUGACUCCAGCCAUCACCCCAGCAUACACCCCAGGUUUCCCACCACGGUUAAUUCAAAGCUACAUAACAGGAGUUGACACUGGUGCACUGCAAACACUCAAAUUGAUGCAGAUCCGAAAACCUCUGAUGAAAUCGGCAUUUAUCGAUCAGAAUUUAACAGAGGAGGAAGUCAACAUGAAGUUUGUUCAGGAUCUUCUCAGAUGGGUAGAUGAAAUGCAGGUGCAACUUGAUCGAGCUGAAUGGGGUUCGGAUUUGCCAAGUGUUGAAAGCCAUUUAGAAAAUCACAAGAAUGUCCACAAAGCUAUUGAAGAAUUUGAGUCAAGCCUUAAAGAAGCAAAAAUCAGUGAGAUCCAGAUGACUGCUCCCCUUAAACUCAGCUAUGCAGACAAAUUGCACAAACUGGAGAGCCAAUAUGCAAAACUCUUGAACACCUCAAGAAAUCAGGAAAGACACCUUGAUACCCUUCACAAUUUUGUAUCUCGCGCUACCAGAGAACUCAUAUGGUUGAAUGAGAAAGAAGAGGAGGAGGUUGCAUAUGACUGGAGUGAGAGAAAUACAAAUAUAGCACGGAAAAAGGACUACCAUGCAGAACUGAUGAGAGAACUUGAUCAGAAGGAAGAAAUUAUCAAAUCUGUUCAGGAAAUAGCAGAACAAUUGUUAUUUGAAAACCACCCUGCAAGGCUAACUAUUGAGGCCUACCGAGCUGCAAUGCAAACACAGUGGAGCUGGAUUUUGCAGCUUUGCCAAUGUGUUGAACAGCAUCUGAGAGAAAACACUGCAUAUUUUGAGUUUUUCAAUGACGCCAAAGAGGCCAUAGAUUACUUGAAGAAUUUAAGAGAUGCUGUUCAUCGAAAAUACAGCUGUGAUAGGUCCAGCAGUAUUCAUAAACUGGAAGAUCUGAUCCAAGAGUCGAUGGAAGAGAAAGAACAGCUCCUGCAGUACAAGAACACAGUGGCUGGCCUUGUGGGGAGAGCAAAGACAAUAGUUCAGCUGAAGCCGAGGAAUCCAGAUAAUCCACUGAAAACAUCCAUCCCAAUCAAAGCCAUCUGUGACUAUAGACAAAUUGAGAUAACCAUUUACAGAGAUGAUGAAUGUGUACUGGCAAGCAACUCCCAUCGGGCAAAAUGGAAAGUGAUUAGUCCAAGCGGUAAUGAGGCCAUGGUUCCCUCCGUCUGUUUUACUGUUCCUCCACCCAACAAAGAAGCAAUAGACACUGCAAACAGAAUUGAACAGCAAUAUCAGAAUGUCCUGGCCCUGUGGCAUGAAUCACAUGUAAACAUGAAGAGCGUGGUCUCCUGGCACUAUUUGACAAAUGAAAUUGAAACUGUUCGAGCCAGUAAUGUUGCUUCGAUAAAGACACUCUUGCCAGGUGAACACCAGCAGGUUUUAAGCAACUUGCAGUCCCGCUUUGAUGACUUCCUUGAAGACAGCCAGGAGUCCAAAGCCUUUUCAGUUGCUGACAUUGCUCAGCUGGAAAGGGAGGUGAAUGUGUGCAAGCAGUACUACCAAGAGCUCCUUAAGUCUGCAGAGAGAGAGGAGCAUGAAGAAUCCAUUUACAACCUAUACAUCUCAGAAGUUCGAAACAUGAGACUUCGUUUGGAGAAUUGUGAAGAUCGUUUGAUUAGGCAGAUUCGAACCCCACUGGAGAGAGAUGACUUACAUGAAAGUGUAUUUCGGAUCUCUGAACAAGAGAAACUGAAGAAGGAUCUGGAUCGACUCAAGGAGGACUUGGAAACAAUCACAGACAAAUGCGAUGAUUUUUUCAGUCAAGCUGCUGGUUCGCCCUCAGUUCCUACUCUGCGGUCGGAGCUUAACCUUGUAAUUCAAAAUAUGAAUCAGGUUUACUCCAUGUCUUCCAUUUACAUAGAAAAGUUAAAAACUAUAAAUUUGGUGCUGAAAAACACUCAAGGAGCUGAAGCACUGGUAAAACUCUAUGAGACUAAACUAUGUGAGGAAGAACCAUUAACUGCCGACAAGAGCAAUAUUGAGAACCUUAUGGCUACAUUGAAGCAAUGGAGAUCAGAGGUUGAUGUAAAAAGAGAAGUAUUCCAUGCUCUAGAAGACGAACUCCAGAAAGCUAAAGCAAUUAGUGAUCAGAUGUUUAAAACACACAAGGAACGUGAUCUCGACUUUGACUGGCACAAAGAGAAAGCAGAUCAGCUGACUGAGAGAUGGCAGAAUGUUCAUUCUCAGAUUGAGAACAGGUUGCGUGACUUAGAAGCUAUCAAUAAAUCCCUAAAGUACUACAGGGAUACAUAUGGUGCACUGGAUAACUGGAUCAAGCAAGUCGAAGAAACUCAGCAGAGAUUCCAGGAAAACCCACCUCAGAACAGUAAAGCUCUGGCCAAACAGCUAAACCAGCAAAAGAUGCUAGUGUCGGAAAUAGAGACGAAACAAAACAAGCUAGAUGAAUGCCAGAAGCACUCAGAGCAGUAUUCAGCUGCAGUAAAGGACUACGAGUUGCAAACGAUGACAUACAGAGCCAUGGUUGACUCCCAGCAAAAAUCUCCAGUGAAACGCCGAAGAAUGCAGAGCUCCUCUGAUUUCAUUAUCCAAGAGUUUAUGGACUUACGAACACGCUACACAGCUUUGGUGACCUUGAUGACUCAGUAUAUAAAGUUUGCUGGUGACUCUCUCAAAAGGCUGGAGGAGGAAGAGAUCCUGAAGAAUAAGGAGGCACUAGUACGUGGUGAAUAUUCUGAUCUGGAGCAGCAGCAAAAAGAAGUAAUGAGUGAGAACAGAAAACUUAUGGAGAGGAUAAACGAGCUUGAGGAGAUGUUGGAUGAGUUGAGGAAACAGAAGUUCCAGUUGGAAGUAGAACUUCCCAAAGCAAAGGCCGAUGCAGAGAAAGAAAUGAAGAAGCAGCAGGCAAAAAUGGAGGAGAUUUCUCUCCAGAAAGCCAAGGCUGAGCAAGAAGCAAAGCGCUUUCGCAUGGAACUAGAGGAUGCUCUUAAAGAGAAAGAAGACGCAGAGCAGGAAUUGGAGCGUGUGAAGCAGCUCGCUUUGAAGACUGAGGCUCAGAGAAGUAUGGUUGAAGAAAAGUUCAGAGCUUUCAGAAUGCAGCUAGAGGAAACUGCUGUGGCUAGAGAUGCUCUUGAAGAUAAGUUAAGAAGGAAGGACACCAAUCUUCAAGAUUUAGAGCAGCAAAAGAAAGCACUGAUGGAGGAACUGAGGAAGAAGACUGCUGAAGAAGAGAAACUUGUGAAACUCAUUAAGGAAAUGGAACAAGACAUGGAGUUUCAAGGUAGUCUGGUGAAAAGCAAGUGCAGAGAAAAGGAAAUAACUGAAGUCAGAAGGCAAAUUACUAUAAUAGGACAAGAAACUCUGUUGCCAACAGGUUCAGACAUUUUCAGAGAAAAGCAAGAACUGAAAAACAUUGAGGAAUUCCAGCAACUGGUGGAUGAGUUAACAUUUGCCAACAAAAAGUCCGAGAAAACCAUCAAAGACCUAAAAUACGAACUGUGUGAACUUGAACUGCAGAAUGCAUCUGCUGAAGAAAAGGCUCGCUUACUAAAAGAAAAACUGGAUGAUGCCAAUAAUUCUCUCAGGCGCCUUAAAGUAGAGCUGGAUCAGAAAGAGCUGGUAGAGCAAGGAUACUUGGAGCAGCUGAAGGAGCUUGACAGGCAGCUGCAGAAAACCACAGGCAAAGCUGAAGAGGUAAUGCAAGAAGCCAUGGAUCUGAAGAAAAUAAAUAUGAAGUAUCAAGAAGAGCUGAGGUCACUUCAGAAGGAAAAGGCACUGUUAAAGAUGGAGCUGGAGGAGUUGGCUAGGACACACACACACACUGGGAUUACUAUUCAGCAAUUGCAUUCCCAAAUCACUUCUCUUCAGCAAGAAAAAAUGGCAGCUGAACAGAGAACUGUUUCAUGCAGAGGGGAAACAACCAGCCUACAAGAACAGUUAAAAAAAAUGCAGGAACAAUUCCUUCAAAAGACAAGAGAAGAAAAAGAAAACCAGCUGAAGAUUCAAAGACUGAAAGAUGAUUUAGCAGAUAGCAAUCACUUAGUGGAAAAGUUAAAACAGAAGGUUGAGGAGCUUUCUAGAUGGAACAGCGAGACCAAAAUAAUGAUGACUGAAGUCCGGACCGAUUCAGAGAAGAUAAUUCUUGAAAGACAAAUUAUUGACAGAAAAAAUGAUGAAUUAAAAGCCCUGGCUGAAGGUUUCAAAGAGCAACUACGUAUCACAAACGAACAACUGCACAAACAGAUAAUACUUGAGCAGGAGCACUUGGAUCACAUCAAGAGAUUAGAAGAUGAGCUAAUAAAAGCAAAAGAAUUAGCCGGUGAAUUUAAGCAGAAAUGUGACAGGGACAAUGCUUAUAACAUGAAUGCAGAGAUGGAAAUAAGAAACCUACGUACUCAGAUGAGCACAUUCACUAUGGAAAUGAAGAUGAACGAGCAGAAGGUCCAGCAGCAGCAGUCCCAUAUUCAUGAGCUCAAUAGCAAGAUGAAGAAGCUGCAAGAUGACUUGCAUCAGAAGACCUUGGAGGAACAAAUGGCGCGCCAAAAUGUGGCUUUACUUCAGGAAGAAUCAAUUGCGUUCAAGCAUUCUGCAGAAGAGUUUAGGAAGAAAUUUGAAAAACUCUUGGAAACGCACAACAUAGCGGAAAAUGACAUAUCUGGUAUCAGGAUGGAAUGUAUCACCCUGCAGCAAGAAAACCACAUGGCUCAAGACAACAUUAGAAUGUAUAAACUUCAAAUUGAAGACCUGCAAGACAGACUUCAGAAAUCCCGUGAGCAGCUUCAGCAAGGCAAGCAUGCAGAAAUGGAGUAUGUGCAGAAAUACCGCAAAAUGGAAGAAGAGUUGCAAAUGCAUAGGCGGACAGUAGAGAACUUGAAGCACCAAAUAGACCUGCAGAAAAGAGAUCACGGCAAUCAGCUGCGUUGGUUUCAGAAUGAGAUCAACAAAAGGAACAUCCAGUUAGACUUUGGGUGGAAGGGAAAUGGGUUUAGUUACUUGGGAGACACCUCCCCAAGAGAUUUUGAACAUAUUAACCUCUGUACGACCACAUCUCCUUUAUUAAGAAGGAGACACCUAAGUGGCUCAAGUUGCAAAUCUGAACCGCUGGUUGCACAGAAGUUGCAAACAGUUGCCACUGAUUCAUUGCAACGAGAGAAGCCAUUCCAGUUGUCCGGAGUAACCCACCAACUGGAAAAUGGAAUAAGUCAACAGUCCUAUGCCGAAUAUGUUUCCCAGACAAGCACAGAGUUUGAGAUAAUGGUUGAUAAGAGCAACCCUAUCACAAGAAUUUCAGAAAUAGAUAAAUUGAGAGACGGCAAACUCCUCAGUUCCAGGCUUGAAGAGAGUUAUGAAGUGGGCUUAGGGAAGCGCCUGCAUCCAUUGGAGAAUCUCCAAAAUGAAGAUUUAUCAAAGAUCAGUGCCAUCUUAGAGGAAAAGCAAGCCAAGGAGGUUGCUCUGAUCCCCUCUGAAUAUGAUAAUAUCAAAUUUCAAGGUCUCCGGCAUGAUGUAACUGCUAAGCAGUUGAUUGAAGUUAAACUUCUAGACCUGAGCACAGCUGAACAGCUUCAUUCAGGAAAGAAGGCCAUUGCUGAGAAGUCAGUGGAAGAGGAGAAGAAAGAACACGUCGAAAAAGCUGGGGACUUACUGAAAUGGGUUUCAAACAUCACCAAGAGCCUCGGCAAAGGCGGAGGAGAAAAGUCUGAAAAAGCAGAUUCUCCUAAGAAACAGAUAUCUUCUGACGAACUGUUAACCAAGAAAGAACAGAUAUCAGAAGCUUUGCAAACAACACAGACGUUUUUAGCAAAACAUGGUGAUAAAAUGACAGAUGAAGAGAAAAAUGAAAUGGAAAACCACGUGAGGUCCCUGCAAGAAGGUUAUAAACUGUUGUCCAAUGAAGAUUUGAAGCAGUUGCAGCAGGAACAAGAUGCAGAUAAUGAAAACGUGGAUGAAAAGGAGGAUAAAGUCAUAGCUGGCAUUAUUGAUCAAACAACUGGAGAGAUGUUUUCAGUCUUGCAGUCAAUUUAUAAAGGCCUCAUUGACUAUGACACUGGAAUUCAGUUACUUCAGAGCCAGCUAAUUUUAUCAGAUAUAAUUUCACCAGCCCUGAGAAGAAGUUUUGACCUUGAAGAAGCCAAAGCCCAUGAACUUGUCGAUGACCAAGCUGUAUUGCAACUACAAGGUUUACAGAAUGCUAAAAUGGUCAUUUCAGAACUGCAAUCAGCAGCACUCCCAGUUGUAGCUGCUUUGGAACAGGGUUUAAUUUCAGAACCUCUUGCUAUUAAAAUUCUUGAGAUUCAGCUUUCCAGAGGACACCUAAUGAUACCAGCCACGGGAGAACAGCUGACUUUGCACAGAGCUUUUCAGAAGAAUCUGAUCUCUGCAGCAUUAUACACUAAACUCCUGGAAAGACGUGACAUGAGCAAAGACCUUAUUGACCCCAACACUGCAGAGAAGAUAACCCUUGAGGAAUUGCUUGAAAGAACUGUAGUACAUAGAGAAACAGGCUUGAGGCUCUUGCCUGUGACCCCUCAAGAAAGAGGCAAAAUAACACUAAAAUGUGGAAGGAAGAUAACUAUAUUGAGAGCAGCUCAUGAAGGACUCAUAGAGAGGGAGACCAUGUUCAGGCUCUUAGGUGCCCAGCUGCUUUCUGGCGGCAUAAUUCAUCCUGAUACAGGACACAGAAUGACUCUUGAAGAAGCAAUGAGAGAAGGGGUUAUUGACCAGGAUGCUGCUUGUGCUAUUUUGACUCAUCAGCUUCAGACAGGUGGAAUCUUGUGUCCAAAUUCAUCAAAACGUUUGUCUGUAGAUGAAGCUGUGCAGUGCAACCUGAUCUCUUCUAGUAGUGCCUUGCUGGUACUACAGGCACAACGAGGCUUCAUUGGACUCAUCUGGCCACAUAGCGGGGAAAUAUUUCCUGUAUCUACAUCUUUGCAUCAAGGCAUGUUCACUAAUGAGCAGGCCUGCAAAAUUCUAAAGGGGCGGCAAAAAAUAGCAGCACUCUAUAUUCCAGAAACUUGCGAAGUGAUCAGCCUGGAUGAUGCAGCCCAGCAGGGAGUCAUAGAAAGCAACACUUCAUCAAUUUUGAAUAGUGUUACCCUACCUGAUGAAAUGCCUAAUGUGGAAGAUAUACCAUUGCCUUUGAAAAAAGCUGCAAGAUGGCUCUCGUCUUGUGAACUCCAGGCAUCCAACCAACAUGCUGAUGGAAAGGAUGUAAACACUUCUGACACCAGUCAGCCCAUACCUUGCCAUUCGGAACAAACUCAAAAGCUAUUCAUGUCUUACCUAAUGAUAAAUAGUUGUAUGGAUGCGAACACCGGUCAGAGGCUUUUGUUGCAUUGUGGUGACUUAAAUGAAACAGUCAGCCUGUUAAUGGGUGGCAGUCGUUCUGAAAAUAAUACAAAUGAGACUGAGGGGCAAUUGUGUUUAAACACAAAAGCACAACAUAUUGAGCAACAGCCCAAAGGGGCAAUGUUUAGUGAUAUCACUAGCAAUGUUUCAGAACAAGAUACAAGUAUUCAAAAUAUAUCCAGCAGCAAUAAGAGGGAGGCAUUUUGUAAAGAUCACCAGAAUGACAUAGUCUCAGGGAGAAAUGGUUUUCAUAUUGUGGCUCGUGCUUCAGAGCAGUCAGAAUGUGUCACAAAUAGAUCUGGAAAGGAAAUCAAUCCACGUCAAAAUCUUGAAAAAGAAAAUGCACUUGGAAGUUUACUGAAACUUCCAGAACAAAUGCCAGUGGAAGUGUAUGAAAAUUUAACUGACCAAGCAAACGCUGAAAAUGCUGAAAUGAAAACAUCUGUUUCAAACUGUUCACAAGGACACCUUCCUCCAAUAGUAAAUGAAGAUAAUAUUUGCAUAGUAGAGGGGGAGAACAUUAAGGGGAGUGAAAACGACUCACCAGGCAUCUUCAAUAGUGUUUUGGAUGCAAAUUAUUCUUCAGCUAUUAAGAAAGAUGAGAAAGCUCAAGCAAGCACUAACGUUUCACAACUCAUGGACAACAGCCUGCAAAAAUGCAUGCCUCAGGUUUUGCAGAUUGAAGAAGGCAUUAUGCUAAUGAAGAACACUGAGGUGAAAGCUGAGGUAAAAGAUGACUUUCAGGAUAAUUUAUACACUGGUAUAGAACCUGACCAAAAAUGUUUAAAUGAACGCACUAAGAAAGAAUUAGAGACUUGUAAUGAGAGUGGAGUAUUGCAAGCGGAAACGAAUGUCACCCCAGUAUUGCAUAACAAUGAUGAUAGGAAUGGCAAGUUGCCAUUAGAAGACCACUUCAUAAUGCAUGGUGCAUGUCUUCAUAUGAAUGAUAGGCCACCACGAGAAGACGUUACAAAUAGCUAUGGCAAUUCACAAUUGGAAGACCAUGCUAAUAAAUUUGCUGGCUGUCUAUUGGAAAACUACACCAGCAUGCAAGAUGCAUUACCAUUGGAAACUAGAGUGCAUACACAUGACAGUCAGUUACUGGAAGAUUGCACCAAUAACUAUAGCAUGUCAGUCCUAGAAAAUACUUCUAAUGGUGAUUCACUCCUGGAAGACAGCGUAAAUUUGAUCCAUGGAUUAUUACAGGAAGAACAGACUGAAAGUGGGCAACCUGUAGAAAAUCAGAUGACUAUCAGUGAUGGAGAACAACCCAUAGAUAAGGCUACUAUAUGUAGUGUUUCUUUGCUUGAUGACCAUUCCAAUUCUGAUGGCAUUGCACUGUUGGAAUAUCAUGCUGAAGAUAAAUAUAUUGGACCAAUUCAGAGAAACGGUGCUAUUACUCAUGCUGGAUGUCCACUCAAGGAUUCCAUUGAUACAAAUGCUGGGCUCCCCGUAGAAAUCACUACUGACACUCUUGAUGGAUCAUCCAUUAAAAUCAAUACUGAUAGUGAGUCCACAUCACCUCUGGAAGUCAGUGCUAGUAUGAAGCAUGAUGAGCCACCUGCGAAUGACAGCAAGUCAACAUUUGAAUGUGGCUCGCUAGUUCUGGAAGGCAAUAGCAGCAAGCAAUCUGAGCUGUUGCCUAAAAGAGAACAUAGUACUCAGUCAGAAGAUCCUUGUGAUCCAACUCAACAUAAAGAUCGCAGUGAAGCCUAUGAUGCUCCGCAAAUUGAUCAUAACAAUGGUACAGUUUGUAGCUCAGACAGAAUAAACAAAGGUGACUCCUCUGUUGUUAAAGAAGAUGCUACUCCAGAGCUUGUCCACAGUGCAGUAGCCAUCAAUGGAGUAGCAGAUAAGCUGCAAGAAAAAGCAAAAUCUUCCACGGGCAACUUAAGUAAGGAAGAAGAAUGCAUUAUGUGCUUUAGUGAAACAAGUGACUCUGAUACACUUGAAAUUAUAAAUAUGGCAGCAUUCAAUGCAAGGCUAUUAGGCACAAUUAUAGAAGACAAGGCAGAAAGCAGUAGAGAUAUAGAAAAUAAUGGUCAGAAAAAAGAAAGGGAAGAAAGUAAAGAGAUUGACAGCUCCCUGGAAAAGUUGGAUGAAGCUAAAAUGCAAAGAGGUGAGCACAAGGGCAUUAAAACGAAAGAAGAUGACUCUGAGAGUGAACAUGAAAGCAUAUGUAUGGAUAAUGACAGUGAUGAUGAUGGCAGUGGCAAUAGUGAUGAUAAUGGCAGUAGCGAUAAUGGUGACAGUGACAGUGGGGAUGAUUUUGAAGGUUAUGAUUAUGUGGAUUUUGAUUAUGAUACUUAUGAAGAGACAGAUUAUGAAGAUGAAGAGGUAUUGGAAAUGCAUUACUCUCAGUGCCAUGAUAAAAACAUUGGGGUCCAGGUGUCUGCACUUUCAGAGGCAACAGGAAACAAUGGUUUACAGUGCCCUGAAAGCUACAGUGCUGAUAAAUAUCAAAAUUUAGCUGAUAUUGUUAAAGAAAACAUUCAGGACCUACCAUGUAAAAGUAAAGAGGGAAGCCAGCAAGAAACAGAACAGGCUUCUGACCCUUUCAUGCAAGACAACCUUGCAUUACAGAACUGUCAAACCUCCCAAUUAAGCAUAAGCAAUGGUGCAACAUCAGAAGACGCAAUUGGAACAGAAAAUAUUAGUGCCAAGUCUGAUAUACCUUCUCAAAGAAACUUACAUGCUGAACACAGGGAAGCUAAAAUUCUUGAUGAUAUAUCAAUGCCAUGUUUGAAUUGUGAGAAAAGACAAGAAGUAGAUAAUGGAAAACAAGCAUCUACCAGUAUGCCACAUAGUCAAGUAGAAAUUGGUGCUCUGAAACAAAAUAAAAAUGGAGUGUGCAUUCUGAAGGAAGAUCAUAUCCAGGAAUCAAGUGGAAGCCUUAAGGAGCCUUAUUCAUCAGUUAUUAAAAAUGGUUAUGAAAUUACUGCCUCAUAUGAUGAAAAAAUAAGUAUUGAUCAAACUUCAAAUAAACCCACAUUGGUUACAGACUCCAAUGACAUUGCUAAAGAUGAAUCAGUGGACUAUGUAGAGGGGUUUGACCUCUCUACUUAUUUAAAGCAAAGUGCGAAAGAUAUAAUGGCCAAGGAUAUAUUAGCAAUGAGAGAGAAUGGUUCAUCUUGCCUAAAGGAAGGUGAAAGAGACAGUGAAGAGAAUAGAGAGGAGCUUGUGGUAUCAGGAAGUGGAAACUGCGAGGGAAAACAGCACCUAAAAGAAUUGCACCCCAAACAACAGCUGUUUCCUGCAUCAGUUGUAUCAGAACCUACAAGAGAUAAAGUUAGUAAAGAGGCUAGUGCUCAUUCCAAGGUGUAUCAUGAUGAAAGUUACAAAUGUGACUUCAACAAUAUGGAGCGUGUUGAAGCUAUCGGAAAAGUAGGGAGCAAGGCUGGUGAAACAGCUUCUGGAGAAGAUACAUGUGUAAUUGGAUCUUCUUCUAGUACUUUAGACACCAGAGAUGAUAGCCAGAAUAGCUCUGAGCAGAAAGCACAUGAAGCAGUGGUCACUCAAAACAGUAGUGUGGGGAAGCCUGCGGAAGAUGACAUUCUAGACCAUGAGCCUACUUUCUCUCAAAAUGGCAUCCAGAUAAAAAUGCAACAAUCGCUAAAAGAUGUGAUGCUUUCUAAUUCUGCCCCAGUCAAUGAUCAGGAGGUUGUUUUUUCUGAAGUGCCUCCUACAUUACCUGAAAGCUUAACAAAAAUACUUAAAGGAAAAAUAAAAGAUGUUUACUGCAAGCAGGAAGAGGAACCUUUAAGUUAUAUUGGCACAAAAGCUUUAAUGCAAAAUUUACUUAAAAUGGUUGAUAGCGCACACUGGGAAAAUGAGGACUCUACCAAAUCUGCUGUCCAACAUACAAGUGAGGAUACUAGAAGUGCCUCAAUGGCUGCUUCGUUGUGCAUACAUGCAAACGAACCUACUUCUACCCCACCUAUUUGGCUUGAUAAUAGAAGUCCUGAUCUCCUCCUUGAUAUACUGAAACAAGACCAUUGCAGUCAAAGAAAUGAGAGCACCCGUGAGACAAUGCACAUGAAGGCCCAGACAGAAAGAGAGCAGGAGAAAAACGCUUCUCAGCAUGGCCAUGCCUUUCCCAUCUCAAGAGAAACUACAAGUUCAUCAGAAUUAAAAGCAGAAACUGCUGGAGAGAGUACUGAAACAUGCAGUAAGGCUCUUGGUUUGAAAGGAUACCCUCAGCCUGAGAAGCCAUACCAGCAACCAAAAAGCUUCUCUGAAACCUUGGAAUCUGGACCAAGACCUGAUUCAGAGAGCAUGAAGCAAUGCUCUUGGUACUUGGAGAAUAUGAGGAGACAUUUGACAGUGGUUCAAGAUAUGAAAUUUCUCUUGGAUGACCUGCAGCCCAUCAGUAAUGACCUGGAAGACCUAAAAAUACAACUUGAGCAGUUAGAGUCAUUUGAAUCAGGGCUUGCUGGCUUUGCUGUUACUCUGCGAAAAGAUAUGAAGUUAGCAGAAGAGUUUCUAAAAUUUCAGCACAAGGAUGUUCCCAGAGCACAGCUUGUGGAUCUAAAAGAAAGCUAUGAAUGUUUGGAGAAGGAUUUCUUUGGGGUCUGUGAAAUGUCUUCAAAUCGAGCAAAGCAAAUAGUCUUGGCAGUAGACUCUGAAAUGGCUAAACUUUCAGUUCUUCAUCAGAAACAUCUAGUCAAGCUUCAGGAGUUUGCAGGUUGGAUUGAGGAGAAGAGUGAAAUAAUGAAUAAUCUCAAAGUGGAUACAUGUGAUAUAGAAGAUGUGAAGCAAAGGUUUCAGUUACUCAAGGACCUGGAAAAAGAGUUUGAAUGUACAAAAAUGCAGUUGGAAUCCACAGCACUUGAUAUUCAGUUCUUCAUUUCUGAGCAUGCCCAAGAUCUUUCCCCAAACCAGAGCAAGCAGCUCUUGAGGCUCUUGAAUACCACACAGAAGCGCUUCCAGGAAAUGCAAGAGACAAUAAGAUCCCAAGUCGACCAUUUUGAAACUCUCUUACAGACAGAACAAGUUCUUGUUGACCAGAAGGUUUCAAGCCAUUCAGAGAUUUGGAUUUUCACACGCAUAAUGCAUGGCCAGACUUCUGCUGGGCGGUUCCAUCCAAACCUGGUCUCUUUACUUACAGCAUUUGACUUGGCAGACCAGCACCAGGAUUUCACAGAAAAAUUACAGGAUAUAUGUGACCUUCUCACACAGACGGAAAACCAGCUGAUCGGCCACAAAGAAGCACUUGCUAUUGAAGAUACCAAGGCAGAAUUGCAGCAAUACCAGAUCAAACAGGAGGAGCUACAGAAAGAUAUGCAAGCAAAUACACAGGCACUGGCAGAAAUUGUGAAAAAUACGGAGAUGUUUUUGAAAGAAAAUGGAGAAAAGCUGCGACAAGAAGACAAGACUGCUCUUGAAAAGAAGCUUAAUGAAGCCAAGACCAAGUGUUUGCUGCUUAGCCAGAAGGCAGAAGAGUCCAGGAAACAGCUGGAUAAAGCCGUGACAACAGCUAUUAAGCAAGAAACAGAAAAGGUUGCAGCUAGAGAACAGCUAGAGGAGAGUAAAAGCACAAUAGAGAACCUUCUGGACUGGUUGUCAAAGGUCGACAAGGAUGCUGAACAUGGGGGCAAGAAAGGCAAGCCAGCGAUUAAACAGAAUGGCAACCAUUUCCAAGAAGGAGAGGUGGAAGAGUUGGCUGGAGAAGACGAUGAAGUCAAUGGCAACUUGAUGGAAAUCCAACAACAGAAUGAAACUCACGUGGAUGGACAACUGAAGCCCUCAGAAGAUAAUCUCAACAUGCAAUAUCAGAAAGCCAAGGCUCAGCAUGAGAAAAUUAUUUCCCAGCAGCAAGCUGUCAUAAUAGCUACACAGUCAACCCAAGCCCUGCUUGAGAAGCAAGGACACCAUCUUUCUCCAGAGGAAAAGGAGAAGAUUCAAAGGAAUAUGAAGGAACUGAAGGUGCAGUAUGAAACUGCCUUAGCAGAGUCGGAGCAGAAGCUGAAGUUGACUCGCUCUUUGCAGGAGGAGCUUGAGAAGUUUGAUGCGGACUAUGGCGAGUUUGAAAGCUGGCUCCAGCAGGGAGAGCAAGAACUUGAUAACCUGGAAACAGGUGCAUCUGACUUUAAUGGGAUUAUCAUCAAACUGAAAAGGCAGAAGAGUUUUUCGGAAGAUGUCAUUUCUCACAAAGGGGACUUGCGGUACAUCACCAUUUCUGGACAGAGAGUAUUGGAUGCUGCUAAAUCGUGUAAUAAAAGAGAAGGUGUCAAAUAUGACAAGGAAGGUAUUGAUACUUCUUCAACUUACAUUGAGGUACAGAAUAAGCUGGAUAGUGCAACUGGUCGCUUCAAAUCUCUCUACUCAAAGUGCAGUAUCCUUGGAAAUAACCUCAAAGAUCUGGUAGAUAAAUACCAGAAUUAUGAGGACACCUCAUCUGGGCUUCUGACGGGACUUCAAGCCUCUGAGGAAGCUGUGAAUAAACAGUUGUCUGAGGCAGUUGCUGUAGAUCCAAAAAAUCUCCAGAGACAACUGGAAGAAACCAAGGUGCUUCAGGGGCAGGUGUCCGGUCACCAGGUUGCUGUAGAGAAACUGAAAAAAGCUGCCGAAGUGCUUUUUGACACCAGGGGAGAGUUACUGCCAGACAAAGAUGAAAUCCAGAAUACCCUGGAUACAAUUGUGGAUAAGUAUAAUCACUUAUCCAAAGCAGUGAAUGACCGGAAUGAGAAACUUCAGAUCACUCUGACACGUUCAUUAAGCGUCCAGGAUGGAUUGGAUGAAAUGCUUGAUUGGAUGAAUGGUGUUGAGAAGAGUCUUGAGGAGCAAGGUCAAGUGCCUUUGAAUUCUUCUGUAAUUCAGGAUGUCAUUAGUAAAAGUAUGGCUCUAGAACAAGACAUUGUGGGUCGGCAAAGUAGCCUAAAUGCCAUGAAAGAAAAGUUGAACAAAUUCAUGGAAACAACAGACCCAUCUACUGCAUCUUCUUUACAAGCUAAAAUGAACGAACUUUCUCAGCGGUUUUGUGAAGCAAAUAAUAAACACAGGAAAAAACUCAAAAAGUUGGAGGGAUUGAAGACCAAAGUGGAGCUGUUUGAGUGCCUCACUGAUAAACUCCAGUCAUUCUUGGACAAGAAAACUCAGGCUCUCGGCGAGGCUGACAUCCCAGGAAAAGACGUUACUGAGAUGUCCUUAUAUGUGCAGGAAACCAACACUGAACUGAUGGAGCAGAAAAAAGAUCUUGAAAAUUUGCAACACCUCAUUGAAGAACUCUCUCCUCAUGCUCUUCCUGGAGACAGGUCAUUAGUGUUAGAAAAAGUAAAUGCCUUGUCAAAGAAAUUCAAGGAAAUGGAAGAGACUAUACGAGAAAAAGAAGAGGAUGUGUCCUCUUGCCAAAAGCAGAUGGAUGAGUUCAAUCUUCAUGUAGAAUCUUUGAAGAAAUGGGUAGAUGAGAUGACGGAAAGAAUUCCAGCUAUCCAGCCCUCUUUGAAUGUGGAGAAUUUAAACAAACAUUUGCAGAACACCAAGCAUUUGGAGGAGGAAUGGAGUUCGAAGGCACCUGACAUUCAGAAAAUGAUUAGCAGAGGAACAGCAUUAUGCAACCUAAUUAGUGCUGUGACCUCCCCUGCAAGGUCAAGGGGAGUAAAAUCAGCUGUAAGUGGAACAGUAUUAAAUGGUGAAGGAGUAGCUACAGAUACCCAGGGAUUCCUAACAAACAAAGAAGUGACCACUGUCCAACACAACAUGUCAACUGUAAGCCAUAGUUAUGAUGAUUUGGGAGCUAUACUGAAGGAAAAAAGAUCAGAACUGGAAUCCACUCUUUCAAAUAUGCAAAACAUUCAAAGAGAAUCAAAUUCAAUGAUGGAAUGGUUACAGAAUAUGGACACUGCUGCAGCCAAAUGGGAAGCAACUCUUAUUGACAGUGAGGCUGUUAAAGAGCAAGUCGAUCAACACAAGCUAUUUGAAACAGAAUUGAAACAGAAUGAGAAUAAAGUGCAAGAACUGAAGGAUAGAGUGACAGAGCUAUUGGAGAAGAACCCAGACUCUCCUGAGGCACCGAAAUGGAAACAGAUGUUGGAUAAAAUAGAUUCCAAAUGGAGGGAACUCAGCCAGGUAACAGCUGACAGACAGAAAAAACUGGAAGAGUCAUCAAAUUACCUGACCCAGUUCCAGGCAACCGAGGCUCAGUUAAAACAGUGGCUGGUAGAAAAAGAAUUAAUGGUCAGCGUGCUUGGACCACUGUCAAUUGAUCCAAAUAUGUUGAACACGCAGAAGCAGCAAGUUCAGAUUCUGCUCAAUGAGUUUGACACUCGAAAACCCCAAUAUGAGCAGCUGAAUACAGCAGGACAAGCGAUAAUGAAGAGACCAGGUGAACACCCACCUUCUCACAAAAUGGUGAAGCAGCAACUGGCUGCUGUGGCGCAGAAAUGGGAUGGCUUAACUGGACAGCUGAGUGACCGAUGCAACCGAAUCGAUCAAGCCAUUGUGAAAAGCACAGAAUAUCAAAGCUGCCUGAAAAGCCUUUCUGAGAAGCUUAGUGUCUUGGAUGAUAAACUCAACAGCAGCCUGGCUAUAAGUACAGACCCUGAUUCUGUGAAGCGGCAACUGGAAGUGGCCAGAGAAGUGAAAGAAGAAAUUGAACGGGAAAUGCCAAAGAGAAAGGCUGCUCAAGCUCUGUGCGAGGAAUUGUCCGCACUGGUGGCAGAAGAUUACUUGAAAGCUGAACUAGCUAGGCAAUUGGAUGGCAUCUUAAAACCCUUUCACGAUAUGGAACAAAAAGCAGGCAAUCACAUUGAGCAACUUCAGUCAACUUACGUUAGUUCUCAUCAGUUCCAGCAAAUGUCUAAGGACUUUCAGGCCUGGUUGGACAAAAAGAAGGAAGAACAGAAUCAGCCUUGUCCCAUCUCUACCAAGCUGGAGUCUCUGUGGACAUUAAUUGAUGAUCAGAAAGAGUUCAAGGCUGCCUUGUCUGACCAGACUGGUUCUUAUGAAAAAAUCAUCACAGAAGGCGAAAGUUUACUCCAAAAGACUCAGGGAGCAGAAAAGGCUGAGCUGCAGGCCCAGCUGAACUUGCUCAGAGGUAACUGGGAUGAAAUGAACAAGCAAGUUAAAGAAAGGCAAGAUAAAUUGAAUGAUUGUUUGGAAAAAGCCCUUAGAUACAGAGAGCAUGUAGAAAACCUACAACCCUGGAUAGCGAAAUGCCAAAACAAUACCUCUCAAAUAGAAAUGAGCAUAGAUCCUGUUCGGCUAGAGAAUUCCAUCGCUCAGGUGAAGAGCUGGCAGAAGGACCUAGACAAACACCAAGGGUUGGUGGAGCUAUUAAGUAAUGCAGCUGAGACAUUACUCAGUGCCUGUCAGGCAGACAAAGAGAUUAUUGAAGAGGAGAAGGCACUGCUGAUCCAGAACAUGGAUAUAGUCACAGAACAACUGCAUGCUAAGAGAGAUGGUCUGGAAAAGAUGUCUCAGAGACUGAAAGAGUUUCAAGAGUCAUCAAAGGACGUUGAAGAGCAGCUGAAGAAUGCCAGAGAACAGCUGGAAACACACGAUUCUCUCAAACCCCAGACUUACAGUAACAAACACUUGACGAUUAUGCAGGCUCAGCAGAAAACACUCCAGGCCUUGAAGGCUCAAGUGGACCUUACAAAAAAGCUUGCCCAAGAACUGGUGGCAGAUGCUUCAGAUUCAUCAGGUGUCUCUGACCUCUUGUUGCAGGCAGAAACGUUAGAAGAAGAAUUCAGCACCAUCAGUCAGCAGGUUGAAGAUAAAUGUUCAUUCCUGGAGACUAAACUCCAGGGAAUUGGCCAUUUCCAAAACAGCAUCCGAGAGAUGUUUUCUCAGUUUGCAGAGUUUGACGAUGAAUUGGACAGCAUGGAUUCUGUGGGUAGGGAUCUUGUCACACUGCAGUCACAGCGAAAGGAUAUAAAAACUUUCCUGAAAAAGUUGGAGGAACUCAUAACCAGUAAUGAAAAUGCAAAUAAUACCUGCAAAAUGAUGCUAGCAAAUGAAGCUGAAGCUUCUCCAGAUCUUGCAGGUAUAAAAAGGGACUUGGAGGCUUUAAAUAAGCAGUGCAACAAGUUGCUAGACAGAGCAAAAGCCAGAGAUGAACAGAUUGAAGGGACUAUUAGCCGCGUUGAAGAGUUCUACAGUAAACUAAAGGGGUUUUCUAAACUGCUUGGGGAAGUUGAAGAGCAUGAAGAGUCCCAGGGUUCUGUUGGAAUGGAAAUUGAGACGAUAAAUCAGCAGCUGAACGUAUUUAAGGUAUUCGAGAAGGAAAAGAUUGAACCACUGCAGGUUAAGCAACAGGAGGUAAAUUGGCUGGGUCAAGGCCUUAUUCAGAGUGCUGCUAAAAAUGCUAGUACUGAUAACCUUGAGCGUGAUCUUGAGGAUGUUAACACAAGAUGGAAAACUCUCAACAAAAAGGUUGCUCAAAGAGCAGCCCAGUUGCAAGAGGCACUGCUCCACUGUGGGAGGUUUCAAGAUGCUGUCGAAUCUAUCCUUAGCUGGCUUAUUGACACAGAAGACCUUGUGGCUAAUCAGAAGCCUCCAUCUGCUGAGUUCAAAGUUGUGAAGGCCCAAAUACAGGAACAGAAACUUCUCCAGAGAUUGCUGGAUGACCGCAGACCCACUGUUGAACUAAUCAAGCGUGAAGGGGAGAAAAUUGCAGAGUCAGCAGAGCCCGCUGAUAAAGAGAAGAUCUUGAAACAGCUGAGCCUCCUGGAUAGCAGAUGGGAUGCACUGCUUGAUAAAGCAGAAACAAGGAAUCGUCAGUUGGAAGGUAUCUCAGCUGUAGCACAGCAAUUCCAUGAAACUUUAGAACCACUGGUUGAGUGGCUAACCAUCACUGAAAAGAGGCUUUCAAAUUCAGAACCCAUUGGAACACAGGCUUCCAAACUACAACAGCAGAUUUCUCAACAUAAAGCCUUUGAGGAAGACAUCGCCACUCGCAACAAAAAUUUGGAGCAAGCUAUUAAUAUUGGUCAGGCUUUAAAGGCAUUGAGCUCCAAGGAAGAUAAGGAAAUGGUGCAGGAGAAACUAGAUUCUUCAGAAGCCCAAUACACUGAGAUUCGAGAGAAAAGUGGCAGUAGGGCUCAGCUUCUGCAGCAAGCCUAUUGCAAUGCUCAGAUUUUUGGAGAGGAUGAAGUUGAAUUGAUGAAUUGGCUGAAUGAAGUACAUGAGAAACUGAGCAAACUGGCAGUCCAAGACUACAAUACUGACUUGCUUGUGAAACAACAAACUGAAAUGCUGGCUCUCCAAGAAGAGAUUCUGCUCAGAAAGCAAAAUGUUGAUCAGGCUAUACAAAAUGGUUUGGAGCUUCUCAAACAAACAACAGGUGAUGAAGUUGUCAUAAUUCAGGAUAAAUUGGAAGGCAUUAAAACAAGGUACAAGGACAUAACUAAGCUGAGUUCUGAUGUGUCCAAGACUUUAGAACAGGCUCUACAGCUUUCUGGUCAGCUGCAGUCAGCUCAUGAGAAACUCUGCACUUGGCUGGAUAAAGUUGAGGUGGAAUUACAGUCGUACGAAGCGCAGGUCCCCAAAGGUGAAGAGUUAAGUCAAGCGCAAGAAAGACAAAAGGCACUGAAAAAAGAAGCAAAAGAUAAUAAAAGUUUACUGGACACUCUUAACGAAGUCAGCAGUGCUUUGCUUGAACUGGUGCCAUGGAGAGCAAGGGAAGGGAUAGACAAAAUGAUCACAGAAGACAACGAACGGUACAGAUUAGUGAGUGACACUAUAACUCAGAAAGUGGAAGAAAUUGAUGCUGCCAUUUUCAGAUCGCAGCAGUUUGAUCAAGCAGCCGACACUGAAUUAGCCUGGGUUGAGGAAACAGAAAAUAAACUGAUGUCUCUGGGUGACAUUAGGCUUGAACGUGACCAGACCAUUGCUCAGCUACAAGUUCAAAAGGCAUUUACCAUGGAGAUUUUGAAACACAAGGAUACAAUAGAAGAGCUUGUUGCAUCUGGGGAUGAGAUUAUGAAGACAUGCACGGAAGAGGACAAACAAACCAUGAAGAAGAAGCUGGAAGACCUCUUGCAGAAGUAUAAUACACUCUGUCAAAUGAACUCUAAGAGGAACCUGCAGCUAGAAAGAGCUCAGUCUCUAGCCAGUCAGUUCUGGGAGACUUAUGAAGAGAUUUGGCCAUGGCUAACGGAAACACAAACAGUAAUAUCACAGCUUCCAGCACCAGCUCUUGAAUAUGAAACCCUAAAGCAACAACAAGAAGAGCACCGGCAACUGCGAGAGUUGAUUGCUGAACACAAGCCUCAUAUAGAUAAGAUGAAUAAAACUGGACCUCAGCUUCUGGAGCUGAGCCCGCGAGAAGGUUUUUCAAUCCAAGAGAAGUAUGUAGCAGCUGAUGCCCUUUAUAGUCGAAUUAAAGAAGAUGUCAAAAAGCGAGCUCAGGCACUGGACGAAGCCAUUUCUCAGUCUACCCAGUUCCAUGACAAGAUAGAUUCGACCACUGAGAGCCUAGAACGCAUUGUUGAACGUUUGAGGCAACCGCCUUCCAUCUCAGCUGAGGUUGAGAAGAUUAAAGAACAGAUCGGUGAAAAUAAGAACGUGUCUGUCGACCUUGAAAAACUUCAGCCGGUCUAUGAAACCCUCAAGCAGCGCGGGGAGGAGAUGAUUGCCCGUUCAGAAGGCGCUGAUAAGGACAUCUCUGCUAAAGUGGUUCAGGAUAAGUUGGAUCAAAUGGUCUUGAUGUGGGAAGACAUCCAUACCCUGGCUGAGGAAAGGGAGGCCAAAUUGCUUGAUGCAAUGGAAUUAGCAGAGAAGUUCUGGUGUGAUCAUAUGGCUCUCAUAGCCACUAUUAAGGAUACUCAGGAUUUUAUCAGAGAACUAGAAGGAGCUGGAAUUGAUCCUUCAGUGGUAAAGCAACAGCAAGAAGCAGCAGAGACCAUUAAAGAAGAGAUAGAUGGGUUACAAGAAGACUUAGAUGUAGUGGUAAGCCUUGGCUCUGAACUGAUAGCAGCAUGUGGAGAACCUGACAAACCAUUAGUCAACAAGAGCAUAGAUGAGCUAAAUUCUGCUUGGGAUGCUUUAAAUAAAGCAUGGAAAGAACGUGUUGACAAGCUUGAGGAAGCAAUGCAAGCGGCUGUUCAGUAUCAAGAUGGAUUGCAGGCCAUAUUUGACUGGGUGGAUAUCGCUGGCAGUAAAUUAGCUGCGAUGUCACCAGUUGGAACAGACCUAGAAACAGUAAAACAACAGACAGAAGAAAUGAAGCAAUUUAAGAAAGAAGCCUAUCAGCAGCAGAUUGAAAUGGAACGGCUGAACCACCAAGCAGAGCUGUUGUUGAAGAAAGUGACAGAGGAGAGUGAUAAGCACACCGUACAAGACCCCUUGUCUGAACUUAAGCUGUUGUGGGAAAGUCUGGAGGAUAAAAUCGUUAGCCGCCAGCAUAAGCUGGAAGGCGCUUUGUUGGCUUUGGGGCAGUUCCAACAUGCCCUGGAUGAGUUGCUCGCAUGGCUCACCCAUACAGAGGACCUGCUGAAUGAACAGAAACCUGUGGGUGGUGACCCCAAGGCUAUUGAAAUUGAGCUGGCCAAACAUCAUGUGCUGCAAAAUGAUGUCUUGGCUCACCAGUCCACUGUGGAAACAGUUAAGAAAGCAGGAAAUGACCUUAUUCAGUCAAGUGCUGUUGAAGAAGCGAGCAAUCUGCAAAGCAAGCUGGAACUUCUGAAUCAGCGAUGGCAAAAUGUCUUGGAAAAAACAGAAAAGAGGAAGCUGCAGCUGGACAGUGCUUUGAUCCAGGCCCAAGGUUUCCAUGGUGAAGUUGAAGAUCUGCAACAAUGGCUGACAGAAACGGAGCGUCAGCUUUUGGCAUCGAAACCAGUUGGUGGUUUACCAGAGACUGCAAGAGAACAGCUUAAUAUCCAUAUGGAACUCUGUGCUGCCUUUGAAGCUAAAGAAGAAACAUACAAGUGUCUGAUGCAAAAGGGCCUACAGAUGCUUGCAAGAUGCCUAGAGACUAUUGAAACAAAUGUUGAGCAGGACAUAAAUAAUCUUAAAGAGAAAUGGGAAUCGGUGGAAACAAAGCUGAGUGAAAGAAAAAUCAAACUGGAAGAAGCUCUCAAUUUGGCAAUGGAGUUCCACAACUCACUGCAGGACUUCAUCAACUGGCUUACUCAAGCUGAGCAAACCUUGACAGUAGCUUCUCGGCCAAGUCUUAUCUUGGAUACUGUCUUAUUUCAAAUUGAUGAACACAAGGUCUUUGCCAAUGAAGUGAAUGCCCACCGUGACCAGAUUAUUGAGCUGGACAAAACUGGAACACAUUUGAAAUACUUCAGCCAGAAACAGGACGUUGUCCUCAUUAAAAAUCUGCUGAUCAGUGUCCAGAGUAGAUGGGAAAAAGUAGUUCAGCGCUUAGUGGAAAGAGGAAGAGCUUUGGAUGAUGCAAGGAAGCGUGCCAAGCAGUUCCAUGAAGCCUGGAACAAACUUACUGAAUGGCUGGAUGAUUCAGAAAAGACUCUGGAUGCAGAGCUUGAAAUUGCAAAUGAUCCAGACAAAAUUAAGAUGCAGCUUGCCCAGCAUAAGGAGUUCCAGAAGGCUCUUGGAGCUAAACAUUCUGUGUAUGACACCACAAAUAGAAGUGGACGUGCUUUGAAAGAAAAAACUUCCCUAGCUGAUGACAAUCUGAAACUGGAUGAUAUGCUGAGUGAACUCAGAGACAAAUGGGAUACAGUAUGUGGGAAAUCUGUAGAAAGACAAAACAAACUGGAAGAAGCGCUGCUGUUUUCUGGGCAAUUUACUGAUGCUCUUCAAGCUCUCAUAGAUUGGCUGUACAAAGUGGAACCGCAGCUGGCCGAAGAUCAGCCUGUGCACGGAGACAUUGAUUUAGUGAUGAACUUAAUAGAUAAUCACAAAGCCUUCCAGAAGGAACUGGGGAAAAGGACAGGCAGCGUCCAGGCACUGAAACGCUCUGCUCGUGAACUGAUAGAAGGUAGUCGUGAUGAUUCCUCCUGGGUUAAGGUCCAGAUGCAGGAGCUGGGCACUCGGUGGGAGACGGUGUGUGCAUUGUCCGUCUCCAAGCAAACACGACUGGAACAAGCCCUCCACCAGGCGGAAGAAUUCCACUCAGUUGUGCACGUUCUUCUGGAAUGGCUGGCUGAGGCUGAACAGGCCCUUCGUUUCCAUGGCAAUCUCCCAGAUGAUGAAGAGUCUCUGCGUACUCUAAUAGAUCAGCAUCGGGAAUUCAUGAGAAAACUGGAAGAAAAAAAGGCUGAACUAACGAAAGCCACAGGUAUGGGAGAAGCCAUCCUGGCUAUCUGCCACCCAGACUCCAUCACUACCAUCAAGCACUGGAUAACAAUCAUCAGAGCAAGGUUUGAAGAGGUGUUAGCAUGGGCAAAGCAACAUCAGCAGAGAUUGGCAGGGGCCCUGGCUGCACUUAUUGCUAAUCAAGAGCUGUUGGAAGCAUUAUUGACCUGGUUGCAGUGGGCAGAGACGACACUUAGUGAAAAAGACAAGGAAGUCAUUCCUCAGGAGAUUGAUGAUGUUAAGGCACUCAUAGCUGAGCAUCAGACAUUCAUGGAGGAAAUGACCAGAAAACAGCCUGAUGUGGAUAAGGUUACUAAGACACAUAAAAGGAAAGCAGCUGAAUCUGGUCCAAUUCAUUCUCAUAUUCCUGUACUGGAUAAAGGAAGAGGAGGAAGAAAGCGUUCCCCAACACCAAGCAUGUAUCCCUCAGGUGCACAGGCUCAGAUUGAAACCAAGAAUCCACGGGUGAACCUCUUGGUCAGCAAAUGGCAGCAAGUCUGGCUUCUGGCUCUGGAAAGAAGAAGGAAACUUAAUGAUGCUUUAGACCGAUUAGAGGAGCUGAAAGAAUUUGCCAACUUUGAUUUUGAUAUUUGGCGGAAGAAGUAUAUGCGUUGGAUGAACCAUAAGAAAUCUCGAGUCAUGGACUUCUUUAGGAGGAUAGAUAAAGAUCAGGAUGGAAAGAUAACCAGACAGGAAUUUAUUGAUGGGAUUCUUUCUUCAAAAUUUCCUACUAGUCGAUUGGAAAUGAGUGCAGUAGCGGAUAUCUUUGACAGAGAUGGUGAUGGCUAUAUUGACUACUAUGAGUUUGUAGCAGCACUUCAUCCGAACAAAGAUGCAUACAAGCCUCUGACAGAUGCUGACAAAAUUGAAGAUGAGGUGACAAGGCAGGUAGCAAAAUGUAAAUGCGCAAAGCGAUUCCAAGUGGAGCAGAUUGGUGAUAACAAGUACAGAUUCUUCCUGGGAAAUCAGUUUGGUGACUCCCAGCAACUCCGUCUUGUCCGCAUUCUGCGGAGCACUGUUAUGGUUCGAGUUGGAGGCGGAUGGAUGGCACUUGAUGAGUUCUUAGUGAAAAAUGAUCCUUGCAGAGUUCAUCAUCAUGGGAGUAAAAUGUUACGUUCGGAAUCAAACUCUUCAAUUACCACUCAGCCUACUAUAGCUAAAGGGAGGACGAACAUGGAGCUACGUGAGAAAUUCAUUUUGGCAGACGGAGCUAGCCAAAGCAUGGCUGCCUUCCGACAAAGGGGACGCAGAUCACGACCUUCUUCAAGGGGUGCUUCACCCAACAGAUCCAUGUCUGUGUCAAAUCCACCUGCUCAAGGAGCUCCAACAUCAGCUCUUGCUGCCAGCACACCCAAGACACCCCAUCAUUUAACACGCAACUAUGGUAAACCAUGGUUGAUAAACAGCAAAACAUCAUCUCCUUGUAAACCUCCAGAGUGCUCUGAAUAUCAAGUGUCAUCCACAGAGGGGACUCCAAUACAAGGGAGUAAACUUAGAUUGCCAGGAUAUCUGUCUGGGAAGGGUUUCCAUUCUGGAGAAGACAGCAGCCUCAUUUCAACAGCAGCUACAAGAGUCAGGGCACAUUUUGCAGACACCAGAAAAACACCAAGCAGACCUGGAAGUCGAGCAGGAAGCAAGGCUGGCAGCAGAGCAAGCAGCCGCCGGGGCAGUGACGCAUCUGAUUUUGACAUUUCAGAAAUUCAGUCUGUGUGCUCAGAUGUAUCAGAGACUGUUCAUACCCCAAUUAGGCCAACACCCCGACCCAAUUCUCGCUCAGCAUCUGGAAAACCUUCCAAAAUUCCAACUCCACAAAGAAAGUCGCCGGCCAGCAAAUUAGACAAGUCCUCCAAGAGAUAGUGUGGUCGGCUCUGUCAAGACCACCUUUUUCCUGUGCAUUAAAUAUUUAAGUUUUUAAGAUGUAAAAUAUUCUGUAGAAAUUAUUGUGAAAUAUUACGAGAGUUGGAUUUUUAAUUUUGCAGAUGGCCUUAUUUGUGUAUUUGUCUUGUUUAUUUUAUGUGUAUGAUUUUUGUCAAAUUUUGUUUCGUUUAUGCCAUAUCAUAUGUGAAAAGGAGAAAGUUUUUUUUCAAUGUAACUAACGGUUGUUUGCAGUAAUGUGUAGAGAGAUCACUAAAAGCAAUUACUGAAUGUACAAUUGUCUUUGCGUCCUAAGUCAACAAGGCCUGUCACUUCAUCAUUAGAUUAACAGUAAAGGAUACCUCACAACUUUGUCUUAAUACAAAUGAAAAAGACAACAGUCAACAUUAUGCAUUUUGAACUAACGCAGUGGACUCGAAGAGGCAUGUGGCAGGGAUACUAAGAAACAAAAGACACAGUUCAUACUGCAGUUAAUCAAACAUUAUCGUACAGAGAAUUCACAGAGAGAGUUACUUAAAGAGCACUUGCCAGUACUUCAGUACUCCAAUAUUUUGCAGCAUUUUCUGUGCCAUUGCUUUAAAGGCCAGACACCAUCUGGAAUCUAGAAUUAUUACACUUGUAUCAGAAUGCCAGUAUAAUCUGCAUUCACGUCAGCGUGAGGUUUUCUUUUGCUUGAGUGGAUGAUAGCACUGUAUCAUUGGACUCAUUUUAUAUCAAAGCAGUUUUGCUUGCAGAAAGAAAAGGAAAAAAAUUAUGAAAUAAAGCUUGUCCCUUCUC